ACUACACCACCGAGGCCGAUAUUUAUUUUUAUUUAUUUAUUUAUUUAAUUUAGUUGGCUGUGGUGAAUCAGUUCUCGGGAUUCUACCCACGGCUAGAAUUGUCGGCGGUCAGACGGCCACGGCGUGUGAGUUUCCGUGGGUGGCGGCUAUUCUACGUGACAACAUCCUCAUCUGCGGGGGCGCGCUGGUCGACGAAACACACGUGAUCACCGCAGCGCACUGUUUACAUGUAAAGGGAAUAUUUUCUGUACAGCUGGGAAAACAUUACCUCGACAAUACACUGAACGCUCAGUCUCUUCAGGAAAUAUCAGCAACAGCGCUCUCCCACGAACAGUUUCAUCUUGCACAAGGAAUGUUGAACGACAUUGGUGUACUAACGUUAAGCACCCCAGCCGUGUACGGAAACUGCGUUAGGCCGAUAUGCGUGGUCAACGGAACAGGGGCACUCAACUACAGCCUUCCUGGAAUCGUCAUAGGCUGGGGAUACAUGCAAUUCAACAUACAGCAGCCCAGUAGUGAGUUGCGCAAGGUGUCUUUAACGAUGUACGACAGCCAACCUUGCAGGACGUUGUUCAACGAACCCACCAGCAUCGUCAGCGACGGCGUCAUGUGUGCUUCAAACGGGCUGCUGGGAGGAAAAGACGCAUGCAGGGGUGAUUCUGGCGGUCCACUAAUGGCGGUUAUAGACGGAAGGUAUUGGUUGUACGGUCUCGUGUCCAACGGAAGAGACUGCGCUUUGGUGGGACAGACGGGAUUCUAUACGAAGAUAGAAGCCUAUUAUGACUGGCUUACCAGUCACACCCUUUUACAAUAAACACUGUUCACGAAUGUUGUACGAUAUCAAGUUUAUCAAUCACACGCAGUUGCAGAAAAUACUGUAGCCGAAUGUUCAUAUGAUAAAAAAAAAAUUUAAAUUCACAAUAUCACGUUUAUUAGUCAAAUCCAGUUACAAUAAGGUCUGUUUCCGAAUGUUCAUACGAUAAAAAGACAUGCACGAUAUCACAUUUAUCAGUCACACCCAGUUACAAUAAAAUCUGUUCCCGAAUGUUCAUAUAGUGAAACGACAUUUACGAGAUCACAUUUAUCAGUCACACCCAGUUAAAAUAAACACUGUUCCUGACUGUUCAUAUGAUAAAAAGACAUGUAUGAUGUCAAGUUUACCAGUCAUACGCAAUUACAGAUAAUACUGUAACCAAAGUUUAAUUAAUUCAAAGACAUAAUUCAAAAUAGCUAUAUACACAUAUGCACGGUCAAUCUUUAGUCAAGAGAAAAUAGGAGGUGUGUGUUGAAAAAGCAGGAGAUUUUGUCAAAAAACAGGAGAUUUUUUAACUGCACA